CUCAUUUCUACUGGGGGAAGGCUAGAUGCAUUCUAACAACCAUAAUUUCAAUUAAACAUAUAAGAAAAAUAAAGAAGAAGAAGAAGAAGGACGAGAUAUGUAACGACCCCCACCACCUAAAGUUUUUUAUUAUUUAUAUACGAAUUUAAAAAUCAUUCUAAAACGUGUGAAUUGACUUAUUUCUAUGGGCGACAAAAGAUGUUACACCCUGCAAAUAUGUAAUUUAUAAAAAAUAAAAUAAAACAAAGAAUAGGCUAAUUAAUUAAUCAACAAAGUACACUGAGUUAGCUGUAUUGCAUAAGCAGCAAAUUGACUAGCCUACACUUACAACACAACUCAACAGAGAGAGAGAGAGAGAGAGAGAGAGAGAAAUCAUGGCCUCUGUUAAUGAAACAAAAAACACGGCAUCUUCUUCCACUCCUGAGCCUGAGGCACCUUCCCUCUCCAGCGAGAGUGAAAAGCGGCGGAUGAAAUAUAUGCGGCACAAAUACACGGCAGUGUUUCCGGCGGCGACCUGCGUUUUCCGAGUCCCGAACACGGUGAAGAGCACAAAACCCGAGGCGUAUCUUCCUCAACUCAUGGGGCUGGGGCCGUACCACCAUUUCCGGCCGGAAGUUCAACUCAGGGCAACCAAAAAACGUGCCGCCAUAGAAGCGUAUGUAACAAAAAGCCUCGAGAUAGAAGAUCCCCUGAGCACCGCGCUCAUGGCGUUCAACGAGGACUUCUUCGUGGACGAAUUCGAACCCAAGAUCCGGUCGUCUUAUGAUCAAUACAUCGACCUGGAUGAGCAGACACUUACCUGGAUCACCAUGUUGGACGUCAUCGUUUUGUUGCACUUCCUGGAUAUCUACCUGGAUCCGGAACAGAAACAGUCCCAGAGCGUGUAUCCGGAUAUUGAGAAAUUGGUUCCGGAUUUGUUCAUGCUGGAGAACCAACUUCCUGUCAUCCUCAUCAACCGGGCCAUCUUUUUUCUCGGUAUCUGGAAGCUGAAUAGUUUAGAUUCGGAACCCGAGUGGCCACGAGGGGAUCCGAAUGUCACAGUCCGUGACCGAUUUUUCGAAUUCUGUCGCCAGCAUUCUCCACUUGAGGUCAGCCACAAAGAUUGCAUCAACCAAGCAUUUGAAGAGAAAACAGGCCACCUCCUCCAUUGUAUGUACCGUAUGAUUAUGGAAAAUCAUGUGAAAGCCUCGCAAGUGACUACGCCUCCCACCCCCCCUGGGGCCGGCCGCCCGCAGAGGAGUUUGCUGACCAAAGUAAUUGAACGAACAAAGGUAUUUGCCGCACUGGCCACGGAUAAAGUUCGAGAGCUUGUUCAGCAUGCGGUGGAGGAAUUCAAUUACGCGGUGGACGAAGCCAAAAGCACCGGCGUCAGGAUUCCUGGAAACAUACAAAAGGUUUCUCAGAUUCUAGGCAACCUGGACAAAGCUCUCCAACUUACCCAAUCCAAAUCAGGCCUUCUUCCUCUAACUGGCAAGCUUGAAAUCCCUUCGGUUUCUCGGCUAUCCGCAGUUCUGGAUGUCGAAUUCAAGCCACUUCCCGACGGCUGUGGCAUCGAAAAUAUCGAUCUCAAGGAGGACGGAAAAGGCUACUUGUUCAACCUGCCGCGGAUCAAGUUUGGACCCUGUUCAGAUGUAAUCCUCAGGAAUUUGGUUGCCUACGAAUCCAUAAUAUCCAGGGCGGAGAAGGGAUCAACCCGACUCAGGGAUUUUGUUGAUUUAAUGAGCAGCCUUAUCAGGUCUGAAAAGGAUGUGAAGUUGUUGAAAGACGCGGAAAUCAUACAAGCGGACGAAAAAAUUCCUGAUUCCGAAAUUGCGCGCAUCUUCAGAGGCUUUAUGAACAUUGAGGAAAAGCCUGAUGCUGAAUCCAAGGUUCAUCAAGUUGUCCAGAAGGCAAAUAACAACUACAGCAAUUUGAAGGUGGUCAAAUACGGGAGGAGUUUCAUGAACCAUUAUGCAGCUAUGCUAAAAUUGUUCAGAACCAUGUUCCUUUACCUUGUCUUUGUAUUUCUCGCUUUCCAAUCCUUUUGUGAUGUAUACGACUGCAAAGCCAGGCCUAAUAGUGGAUCGGAUAUUUACUUGGACCAGUUGGAAGUACUGAAUCCUCAUGAUCAGGCUCACCUCAUAAUGCUGCCCAGGAAAUUGCUUCUUCCUCAGUAAUCCAACCCGGAAAGAACAGAGGAAAUCACAUUUUAUGGUCAGAACAGAAUGAAAAAAUGUGUAUGUUUCUGAAUACUAGUUCUUGUAACAGGUUGGUUAUACAGAGAAGGUAUAUUUAAUCUGCAAUGUAAUCAAGUUCGUGUUGCCUUCUCUGUUGCUGUGUUGCUUCAAGGCUCCAUUUGGACAAGAUUUUUGAAAAGCUUUUCAAAUAGGUCUUUUUGAAGUAAAAAAUUAAAAAGGACUUUUUUUAUAAAAAAAAAAAUGCAUUUAGACAAGAAUUUUACAAAACCCUCUUAGUAGUUAAAAAUAUUCAAAAACCAUCUGGAUUAGGCCAAAAGAACUUUUUGUGAAAAAAUAAUCAAUGAACUUUUUUUAAAAAAAUCACAAUUUUUCAUUUUCAUUUUUUCACUUUUCUUUUCUAAAUUAUUCUUUUUAUUAUUCACAAUUGUCUUCUUUUAAAUUUUAAUUUCCACGCAUUGUCUUUCCAAUGUAAAUCAAAACUAGAGUAUAAUUUUGAGACCAUUCUAACGAAAAUAAAUGCAUCAUCACAUGUGGAUUUUGUCGUCAACAAAUCUCCUCUAUGUUGAGAAAGACACUCGAUGAUCAUUCGCUUCUAGUUCGCAUAGCUAUCUACCGGUAUUUGAUAAGUUGAGAAUGAUUUUGUUAUAUUAAGAAGAAAUUUUUUAUAAAAUGUAAAUCUUGCCGUCAUACAAGAUUUCAAUAUAUUUAUUAUAUUUAUUUACCCCCCAUGUUAUUACAGUUGAG